AUGGAUAUCUACCAUCUCUCCAAAAUUAUACCGUUACUUCUGAACGGUUUAUUUUUAUGUGCAGUGGCAACAAAUUCAACAACUACAGAUGGACUGACAACAAAUCCAGUUACUUCAGAUGGACCGACAACUAAUUCAGUCACUACAGAUGGACUUACAAUUAAUUCAGCCAGUACAGAUGGACUAACAACUAAUUCAGCCAGUACAGAUGGACUGACAACUGAUUCAGUAACUACAGGUGGACUUGUAACUAAUUCAGUCACUACAGAUGGACUAACAACUAAUUCAGUCAGUACAGAUGGACUGACAGCUGAUUCAGUAACUACAGGUGGACUUGCAACUAAUUCAGUCACUACAGGUGGACUGACAACUAAUUCAGCUACUACAGGUGGAGUGACAACUUAUUCAGUUACUUCAGAAGGACUGACUACCAAUUCAGUCACUACAGUCGGACUAACAACUAAUUCAGCUACUACAGGUGGAGUGACAACUAAUUCAGGUACUACAGAAGGACUGACUACCAAUUCAGUCACUACAGUCGGACUAACAGCUAAUUCAGUUACUACAGGUGGACUGACAACUAAUUCAGUUACUACAGAUGGACUGACAACUAAUUUAGUUACUUCAGAUGGACCGACAACUAAUUCAGUUACUACAGAUGAACUGAUAACCAAAUCAGUCACUACAGUCGGACUAACAACUAAUUCAGCUACUACAGGUGGACUGACAACUAUUAAUUCAGUUACUACAGAUGGACUGGCAACCAAUUCAGUCACUACAGAUCGGCCAACAACUGAUUCAGUUACUACAGAUGGAGUGACAACUGAUUCAGUAACUACAAAUGGACUGACAACAAAUUCAGUUACUACAGAUGGACUAACAUUAAAUUCAGUCGCUACAGAUGGACCUACAACAAAUUCAGUUACUACAGGUGGACUGACAACUAAUUCAGUUACUACAGAUGAACUGGCUACCAAUUCAGCCACUACAGUCGGACUAACAACUAAUUCAGCUACAACAACUGAUUCAGUAACAGGUGGACUUACAACUAACUCAGUCACUACAGAUCGAUUGACAACUAAUUCAGCUUCUACAUCUAAACUGACAACCAAGUCAGUAACUACAGAUGGGCCAACAACUAUUCCAGUCACUACAGAUGGGCCAAAAACCAAGUCAGUAACUACAGAUGGACCGACAACUAGUACAGUUACUAAUUCAGCGACCAAACCUGGUACAACAGAUGGACUGACAACUAAUUUAGUAACUACAGGUGGACUGAUAACCAAUCCAGUUUCUUCGGGCGUAAAUACUUCAUCUACCGCAAUGAGUAAGUAA